CCUUCUCUCUUCUACACAACCACCUCACACAACACAUCAGAACCAUCACCAUGCCUAUCUCCAAGAUCCACGCCCGUUCCGUCUACGACUCUCGCGGUAACCCCACCGUCGAGGUCGACAUUGUCACCGAGACUGGUCUCCACCGCGCGAUCGUUCCGUCCGGCGCUUCCACCGGUGCCCACGAGGCUUGCGAGCUCCGCGAUGGUGACAAGAGCAAGUGGGGCGGCAAGGGUGUCUCCAAGGCUGUUGCCAACGUGAACGACAAGAUCGCUCCAGCUCUCAUCAAGAAGAACCUCGACGUCAAGGACCAAUCCGCUGUCGACGCUUUCCUCAACGAGCUUGAUGGCACCACCAACAAGACUGAGCUCGGAGCCAAUGCCAUCCUCGGUGUGUCUAUGGCUGUGGCCAAGGCUGCCGCUGCUGAGAAGCGUGUCCCGCUUUAUGCCCACAUCAGCGAUCUCGCCGGUACCAAGAAGCCAUACGUCCUCCCAGUGCCGUUCAUGAACGUGCUCAACGGUGGCUCGCACGCCGGUGGACGUCUCGCUUUCCAGGAGUUCAUGGUCGUCCCAUGUGAAGCUCCCACUUUCACCGAGGCCAUGCGCCAGGGUGCUGAGGUCUAUCAGGCGCUCAAGUCUCUCGCCAAGAAGAAGUAUGGCCAGUCUGCCGGCAACGUCGGUGACGAGGGUGGUGUUGCUCCUGACAUUCAGACCGCCGAGGAGGCUCUCGAGCUCAUCACCGAGGCCAUCGAGUCGGCUGGCUACACCGGAAAGAUGAAGAUCGCCAUGGACGUCGCCUCUUCCGAAUUCUACCGCGAUGGAAAGUACGAUCUGGACUUCAAGAACCCUGACAGCGACAAGAGCAAGUGGGUGACAUACGAGCAACUCGCCGACCAAUACCGUCAGCUCGCGGCCAAGUACCCCAUCGUCUCGAUCGAGGAUCCUUUCGGCGAGGAGGACUGGGAGGCAUGGUCAUACUUCAUGAAGGAUUCCGAGUUCCAGCUUGUCGGUGACGACUUGACUGUGACCAACCCAACCUUCAUCAAGAAGGCCAUCGAGACCAAGGCUUGCAACGCUCUCCUUCUCAAGGUCAACCAGAUCGGUACCAUCUCCGAGGCCAUCCAAGCCGCCAAGGACGCCUACGCCGCCGGUUGGGGUGUCAUGGUCUCCCACCGCUCCGGUGAGACCGAAGAUGUGACCAUUGCCGAUAUCGCUGUGGGUCUCCGCGCUGGACAGAUCAAGACUGGUGCUCCCGCUCGUUCGGAGCGUCUCGCCAAGCUCAACCAGAUUCUGCGCAUCGAGGAGGAGCUUGGUGACAACGCCGUGUACGCUGGCAACAAGUUCCGGACCGCCGUCAACUUGUAGGUGGUGUCGUAGGGGUGAGAGGGUGUGUGACUCAUGGGGU